AUGCCUGGAGCCUGGAGUGAGACAAAGAAUGCCACUGAUGAAAUUCAGAAGAUUUGUGAUCAGGUGAAGGACCAAGUGGAGGCUUUCACUGGGGAGAACUAUGUGGUAUUCACAGCAAUUAAAUACAGGAGUCAGGUUGUGACUGGAGAGAACUUCCUCAUCAAGGUUGAUGUUGGAGAGGACUAUGAUCAUCUUAGCGUCUAUCGCAAACUUCCAUGUGAUGGAGGAGAGGUGGUGCUGCGCGGUGUCGAGCAGCACAGAACCAAAGACGCCCCGCUUGUACCUUUCACCAACUGA